AUGUUUUUAAGUCAACAUUAUGGAGCAUUAACUUGUGAAGGAUGUAAAGGUUUCUUCAAACGAACCGUACAGAAAAAGUCACAAUAUGUUUGUGCUGGCGAAAAAAAGUGCCCAAUUGACAAAAAAUAUCGUUCACGUUGUCAAUAUUGUCGUUUUCAAAAAUGUUUGGAUGUUGGAAUGGUUCGAGAGAUUGUCCGUUUUGGCAGUUUGACAGGGCGUAGAGGACGUCUUCCUUCUAAAGUAAAAAGUUCUUCAAUUACUUCCCCAUCAUCUUCAACUUCUUUUCAAAUGUCUACUUUAGGGCAACCUGAACCUGCUCAAAGUCCACCUCUUCCUAUUUUAACAAUUAUUUCUAAAGCUUUUAAUGAAAUACAUGGGAAACUUAAUACGGCAUGCAGAAGAGAAAUUAAGCAACGUUUAUCUUUAAAUGAGUUUUGUUCUAUAUUGGAAUUGGAACUUCAAAAUAUUUGGGGAUUUGCUCGUCGAAUACCCGAUAUUGUAGAAUUGAAUGAAGCAGAGUUGCGUUUACUUAUACUCCACAACUUUUUCCCUAUUUUUGCUGUUCGUCAGGCGUUUCGUUGGGCUGAAUUAAAGUAA